AUGGAGUCCUCUGGGUCUAAGCAUGAGCUGGUUGCAAAACUGACACUUGAAGAAAAGGUGUCAUUGCUUGCUGGAGCUGACAUAUGGCAUACCCAAGAGAUCGCUAGGUUUGGGAUUGGGUCAAUCAAGACAACGGAUGGUCCAUCUGGCGCUCGAGGUAAAUUUGUUGCUGAUGGGGCCAAAGCUGCUUUUGUCCCAGGCCCCGUUUGCCAGGCCGCGACAUGGUCCAAAUCACAUAUGAGAGAUCUAGGUCGUCUGCUCUGCAAAGAGGCAAAGACAAAAUCUGCACAUGUCUUACUGGCUCCUACUAUAUGUUGCGCACGAAACCCAUUGGGCGGUCGCAAUUUCGAGUGCUUCGGCGAAGAUCCUUUCCUCAGCGGUUGUCUUGCGAUUGAGUAUAUACGUGGAGUUCAAGAGACUGGUGAAGUAGCUGCCACCCCCAAACACUUCGUGGCAAAUGAACAGGAAUAUGAAAGAUUCAGCAUCGACGCCAAGAUAUCAGAGAAAGCUCUGCGAGAGAUCUAUCUGCGUCCAUUUGAAAUGGUCGUUCGAGGUCCAUCACCUCCAGAAUGUCUAAUGACAUCCUACAAUUCUGUUAAUGGUUAUCACACAGACAUGAGUCAAACUCUACUUGUCGAUAUUCUUCGAAAAGAAUGGGGCUUCAAAGGUCUAGUUAUGAGCGAUUGGGGCGGCACAAAUUCCACGCUUGAAAGCCUUCUAGUCGGCCUGGAUCUUGAAAUGCCAGGGCCACCAGAAAGACGAGGCAAGACGCUUCUGCAACUUGCGCAAAAAAACUCACCAAACCCGAAUCUUCUUGAAGCGAUAGAUGUAUCUUGUUCUCGCAUUCUAAACUUGGCAGAGAAACACGGUCUUACUGGACUAACGCCCGAAGCUGCGCGUCUCACUAGAGAAUCUUCAGAGACUUCUUCGACGAGCACGGAAGAUAUAAAAUUGAUGCGAGAUAUUGCAGCCAAUGGCAUUGUUUUGUUGAAGAACACAAAUCCCACUCUACCUCUCAGCGCCAAAGAACUGAACGGAAAACAGGUUGCCUUCAUUGGCCCCAAUUCUCUUGUUGGUACACCAGGAGGAGGUGGUUCUGCCAGCAUGAACCCUCAAUAUCUGAGUCAGCCCAUGGUAUCUUUCAAAGCAGCUGCCUGGGAUCUCGGAUUCGAUGUCUCUAUGAAACACGCUUUAGGUGCAAACGGGCGAAAAUGGCUGCCUUUAUUUUCUAAGACACAAUGGUCUGCCGCCAGUCUGGUUGAUGAUGGUAACACUAGUGGAAAGACACUCUUGCGCGUCGAUUAUUUUGCCUCUCAGGAUCUCACGGGGCCAGUUCAAGAAACACAACUACGCAAUGAUUCAACCGUCGAUAUGUCUGACAGCGCACCCUUAGCCUUCCAGGUCGACCCUGUACCACCAUACUCAUAUCGCAUAACUUCUAUUCUCACACCAUCCACAAGUGGACUACACUCUUUCAGUAUCUCUAGUGUUGGCGAUGCGACUCUUCACAUUGAUGACGAGCUUGUUAUUGACAACCGUAGCUGGGCACAGCCUGGAGAGACCUUUUAUGCAUUUGGUAGCGCUGAGGUUAUUGGCAAGAAAACUCUUGAAGCGGGCAAAGAAUACCAAGUUGUGGCAGAGGGAUGGGUACGAAAAGAACCUCGGCCUGACGCAGGCUUCUCAGCGGAAGCCAACCACGUCUUUGCAGCUCAUCCAUCCAUUCGCCUUGGUUACCAGGAACAGCUUCCUGACGAUGAAGCUCUCAUCACUGAAGCUGUUGAUCUGGCGAACGAGAGCGAGGCUGUAGUCGUUGUGUUAGGACUCAGCGAUGAGUGGGAGAGCGAAGGAUAUGAUCGCCAAUCCAUGAAAUUACCAGGGAAACAAGAUGAACUCGUCGAAGCUCUUGUACAAAGAGUCAACCGACCCGAAAAGCUCAUAUUUGUUAACCAAUCCGGUUCACCCGUAGAAUUUCCCUGGAUCGAUGACAUAUCGACUAUGUUGCAAGCGUGGUAUGGUGGUCAAGAAGCUGGUAACGCUCUGGCCGAUGUGCUUCUUGGAACUGUCAACCCUUCUGGCAGGUUGCCUAUAACUUGGCCCAGACGUUACGCUGACCUUCCUUUCGCAUCUGACCCCGAAUCCUGGCCAGGUGUCGAUGGGACUGUUACAUAUAAAGAGGAACAUCGUGUCGGUUACCGUUGGUAUUGUCAGAACCGGCCAGUAUCCCCGCAGUGGUGGUUCGGAUAUGGCCUGAGUUACACGCAAUUCACCUCUAACAUCACAGCAGUCGAUGAUAAGAAAAGCGAGUGGAAGAUCCAAGUCUCGGUCGCAAACACGGGAACCCACUCAGGUGCUGAAGUUGUUCAAGUGUAUUUCUGGCCUUUCCAUCGGGAACAAGACCUGAUGUUAGUUGGUUUCGAGAAAACAGAGAUUCUCGAGCCAGGGCAGAGAGUGCAAGUGGAGGUGCACAUUAAGAAACGUGAUGCAGCACGCUGGUCAGGGAAUAAGUGGCGGCUUAAGUCAAAUAAAUAUGCCUUCGGAAUUGGUAUAGGUGGAGAUGAAUCGACUUGGGCAAUCAGCCAUUCAGAUUUAGCGUGGGAAGUAUAA